GAUAGAUCGUCGCGAGUACGCUUCAGCGCGUGGUUCAGUCGAGCCGCGGACGUCGUUCGCGUCGUGCUCUUUUUCACGGCCGUGUUAAAUAAAAAACCGCAGCUCCGUUUUCGGAAACUCGGCCCGUCCCCGUGUCCUCGACCGCUCCAAGGUUCGAUCGAGCGAUUGCACAGCGUUCAAGUCACAAAGUUACGAUGUCUGACCCACCAACAGGCAAGGGCCCACCGAGCGUUGUGACCAUGGUGUUUUCAACCCUCACUCACGUUCUUCUACUAGCGCCAGUGAUAUACAUACUAACAGUGGCGUUUCAAAAUUACUCAUUCUUCUCCUGGCAUCCUAUCUGCAUGAGCCUCGGAGUGGCUCUUCUGAUGGCAGAGGCAGUCUUCAGCAUCUCUGGCGAGGCGUACAUCGGUCACAAGAUCUCGAGAGUGAACAGGGUGACGAUGCACUGGAUCCUGCACACAGCAGGCCUGACCCUCGUGCUGAUCGGUUUGAUCAUUAUCGUGGCGAACAAGGUCAACCACAACAGACCCCAUUUCUCCAGCCCGCACUCGAUCCUGGGCCUGAUCAGCAUCAUCCUGGCGUUCCUGGUCGCUGGCUUCGGGAUCGUCACGAACAACCCCAAAUGGCUUUACCCGAGAUUCAGGCCAGUCCUUCUGAAGAUCAUGCACGCGUUCGGUGGCAUCGCCAUUACCGUACUACUGUUUGCCUCUGUGAUCACUGGCACCUACAAAUGGUCGCCUAUCGCCGAAACUGGGAGGAGCCUGGUCUUUGCGUCGCUGUUCAUCGCUGGUUUCUUCAUCUUGGUGAAGCCAGUACUUGGCGCUGUUUCCAGGAGCAAGGUCGUUUUUGGCCCACCACCAACCACCACGUAAUUUUUAAAGACGUGCGCGUGCUCUGGUAAAACUCUGGCGACUAAGAGUUCACUCUGUCGUUUUUCCUUCGUGUGGAAGUCUGCGAAGUUUGAUGUGGUCUUUGCUAAAGGUUGUCCAAAAGGAGCUUUCAGGAUUCGGGAUGUCGCUAAAACACAAGUGGUAUUGUAUUUUAAAUGAGGGAUACGUAGUAGACGGUGUCGGUUAAGUGAUGGAUCUGUUUUUUUAUCAAAAAGUAAAAAAGAGAAAAUUACGAAUUUUAUGAGGCCUCUGGCGAUUUUUGCGCGAUGGAACGUCGAUAGGCUGAGUGGAACGAAGAAAACUCUUGAACGAACGGAAUAGAAACAUCGAUAGAAGAGAAAUGAUACGUAGGGUUAUCAAAUCGAUGAAUGAUUACCGAAUGGUACAGAAACAUAUGAAACACCUGUGAAGAUUAUUUUUAUACGUGAUAAAUACUGAAUCACCGCCUAAAGAGGCGAGAGUCACAACUAAACGUAACAUCGAAUUCAGUAGUCAAUUUCAAAUUUCAAAAUCCUAGUUUAUUACAUUACUAUAAAUUUGAUUAGAUAACUAUUAUUACUGUGGUAUUUAAAAGAACUGACAGCCUCUACGAAGAAUUCACACUUAUCGAGUCACGUACCAUCAGAUAAAGACUUAUCGAAGAUAUCAUGACGAUAUUUUUUUGCCAAAUGAUUGUCUUUAAUUGAACGACAGUUUGUUUACUAAUACAGUUUCGAGGACAAGUGUGUAAAGGUUGCUUGUCAAGUUCACUCUUCUUUUUAUGCGAAUAGAACGAUUCACCGAUGCAAUACGAAUGUAAACAUUCCGUCCUUCAACACUUACACGGAUGACAGCUACGAGUAGUCGAUGAACAAUUUCUAAGAGGAACAAAGACUUCGUUCUCAAAGUUUUAAAACAUCUGUGCACUGCUUGGUUAGUUAAAAAUUCGACAAUAUUUUUUAAGAUAUACCUUUUACGAAACCUGAGCCAAUCUAAAGAAAUAACGAAUGUUAAGUAGACUAUAGAUCGUAUGCUUUUACGGCGUAUGCAAAUGCGAAGAAGAGAAUGUAUACGGUAAUGCAAAAUGAUAUAUUAUUAAUGUUGUUGUAUUGUUUUGUGAAAUAUUCGUACCAGCAUACAUCACAGAGGCGUGAAAUAGAAUGAAUUAAUAAGAAACUUCAUCAAAUAAUUGACGAUGAUAGAUGCGCAUGAUUGUACUCCAAAUCGUGCCUGUUUAUUUUACCAUUGUUGUGUUCAUCGAACAAUUAACAGGUUGCCAACCAGACGGAGAGAUAUUCCUCUUUGAGCUGGUAAACGUACGCAAACGUGUUUACACUAACUGCGUGCGAGAUAAAGUAAACAUCAGAGAUAAUAUUGACGAGUAGUAGAUAAGAGUUCAUUUUUAAUAGACGUACAUAUUGGAGAUCACUUGAGGUCCUAUGAACUCUUUACACUCUUUCAAGCUUGAAUCAACUACAAUCAAAAGUUAUAGAAGUUUAAAUCAAGUCAUACAAUCGUCAAAAGUUUACGAAAAGUAUCCAGAUGGCAAAGUGUUAAUGUAACCCAGAAGUCUCAAUCCAAAUGCUGCAACGAAAUGCACCAAAAAAAAAAAAAAAAAAACGCUUCUAAAGUCUCUAACGAGAGAGAACCGUUCGUAGAUUUAAUCGACUGGUAUUUAUAAGAAAUAUUUACCAAAAAGGAAGGAUAGACUAGAGUUUACUAUUAAUUUAAUUCGAUCUAACGUUAAGGCAAACAAUCAUAGAACCAGGAGGAAACGAAACAGACGGAGACGUAUCGUCAACCAUAUAUAUCAACACUUUAUUAAUUACACACGCAUCAUAUACAUUUACAUAGAAUUUACAUAAUGUAUAUAUCUUCCUCAAUGCAAUGUACAUGUAUAUUAAUACAAUUUCUUAAUUUCCGA